AUGGAAGAACCCGGAAAUGAGCUGCAACUGCCACUGGGACCGCCUCAGUCCACUUCCCGGGUGGCUCUCUGUGGCCGCGGCGCUCGGAGUCCACUUCGCGUUUUGAACGACGCCCCCAAAUUCCGUGCCGAGUGUUUGAGACCCUCCGGGACGGAGAGGUGGAGGAGGAACCGCAGCUCCGCCGUCCGCCUCGCCUCGCUCCAGCCGCGGCCAUUACUUUGGGACUUUACGGCGGCUCUGACAGCAGAAAGCAGACAGACCCGUGAAGCGCUCCAGGGCUGA